GUUGACCUUGGCACGUGGAGGUUGUGCGCGUGUGUAGCUCUUCUUCCUCCUCCUCCUCUUCCUCUUGCAGCCUUAGAUCUCCCUCACUCUUCCUCCAGAAAUGGCGAUGAGUAUGAUGAAAGUUUCCGCUCUGGGAGGGAAACUUGGAGGAGAAUUGAAGUCCCUCGGUGGAAAAGCAGGGUUUGGAGGAAAAUCCGGAUCAAAAGGAGGGAAAAAUGAGAGUGGAGGAGCUUUUGGUGGAAUGAUGGGAGGGUUCAAAGGUCUUGGAGGAAAGAACAACACUGGAGGGAAAUCAGCUGGAGGAAAAAGUGGAGGAAACGCUUCUUCUUCUUCUUCUUCUUCAGGACUUGGAGGAAAGUUUGGGGGACUUAAAGGUCUGGGUGGAGGAAACAAAGGGAAUAGUGGCGAUGGUGGUGGUGGUGCUGGAGGAAAGACUGGAGGGAAAACUGGUGGAGGAGGAGGAGGUGGAGGUAGUGGAGGAGGUGGAGGUUUAAAGGGCUUCCCAAAUCUGUCUCUCGGCAAAAAGAACUCCACCACUGCACUGACGAAGGGCGGCGUGGCGGGGGGUGCGACCUCCAGCACAAGUGGGGCCGCUGCGUCAGGAGCCACUGCAGGGGCGGGAGCAACUGGGGGAGCAGGAGCGGCGGCAGGGAAGGGUGAAGAUGCGGCAGAUGGAAAAGAUGCAGCAUCCCGCCCCCUGGUUCCAGUCAACAAGAAUUUAGGCAACGUGAAGGCGGAACAUGGAGGGGGCGCCCAUCCCUCGAUGGCAUUUUUCCAGAACCGGUCACUCAGUCUGGUGGACAUGUACAUCGACACCUCAGAGCCCACGGAAAACGUCGGCCAGAUUCAGUUCUCCAUGGAAUACAACUUCAACGAGAUGACGCUAAUUCUUCGGAUCAUGCAGGCGAAGGAGCUCCCUGCGAAGGAUCUUAGCGGCACCAGCGACCCCUAUGUCAGAGUUACACUAUUGCCAGACAAGAAACACAAGCUGGAGACUAAAAUUAAGAGGCGGACACUGCACCCGAAGUGGCACGAGACUUUCUACUUUGAAGGUUUCCCUAUUCAGAAGCUGCAGAGUCGCGUCCUUCACCUCCAUGUCUUUGAUUACGAUCGCUUCUCCAGGGACGAUUCCAUAGGAGAGGUGCACAUUCCCCUCUGUCAGGUUGAUUUCUCCGAGAAGAACAACACAUUCUGGAAGGCGCUACACCCUCUGGAGAAGAACAAGUGCGGGGAGAUCCUCACUUCCCUCAUGUAUCAGCCCUCCACCUCUCAGCUCACUCUCACUGUCAUCAAGUGCCGCAACCUAAAGGCAAAGGAUAUCAACGGGAAGUCUGAUCCGUACGUCAAGGUUUGGCUGUACUUUGGUGAGAAGCGAAUAGAGAAGAAGAAAUCCGAGGUCCAAUUCUGCACUCUGAAUCCCGAGUUUAACUUCAGUGUGAUGUUCGAGGUGCCCUGGGAGAGAAUCAGAGAGUGCCAGCUGAACGUGACUAUAAUGGACCACGACAAAGUGGGCAGGAACGAGGCCAUUGGAAAGAUUAUGUUGGGCAAGGCGGGCAGCGGCACUUCGGAGACCAAGCACUGGAGCGACAUGAUCACCAAGCCUAGGCAGACAGUGGUGAUGUGGCACCGCUUGAAGCCAGAGUGAGCCUCCAUGGCACUUCCUGCCCUCCCCUGGCACCCCUCUUGUGUGAGGUGACGGGGGAGGGAAGGAGGGGAGGCAUUGACCGACCAACCAACACCACCACUACCCACCACCACCACCACCACUAUCACCAGCAACUACAACUACAACAACUGCAAUCUGAAUCUCGCUCAACCACUGCGUCUCGAACCCUCGAACCCUGAGAAGGGGAGAAAUUAGAGCCAAAAUUGAUUAGAUACAAAAUAUAAUGUCAUUCUUAGUAAUUCAUGUCAAUCACGUACUUGAAGAGAACUGUUGCAUAUCUGUCCGUAAAUACGUGCAGUCUUCACCCCAUGGUAGUUAUAGCGGCGAGUGUGUGCGUGCGUGCGUGUGCGUGUGUGCGUGAGUGAGUGAGUGUGCGAAUGCGUGUGAGUGAGUGCACCACCACCACCACUACCACAGCAGUAGCGGGCGUGUCCGGUGUGCGAGUGCCCUCAACCUACCUGUCUCCCCCGCACGUCGCCGGCCGCCACACCCCCAACCCCUACCCCUGCCGCGCUGACUCGAACCUCCUGAAAGUACCAACCACACGUAUACAAUCGAAGCGAAGUCAAGCGUUCCCUGUAUGAAUGUAGCUGACGCCACUGCACGCAAUCCAAGCGUCACCAAUAUGCAAGACUAAAGCUGUAGUCGACUGGCUAAGCAAGAUACACAAACACGCUCCUAAGCAAAGUAAGUAAGUAAGCAAGCAAACCAGCAAGCAAGCAAGCCAAGCAAGCGUCACUACCUCCCCUUUAUUACCCUGGCCGCCUUAUCCAGCAACAUGAACUACGUAACUAUUCCCCUAAACGACGCACAAAAGAUGAUAAAGUUAAAAAAAGACGCGACGCUGUUAACUGUUUCCUUAGCGUUCGUUCAUUCCUUGGUUGAGUGUUUGAUUGACGCGAAACACACUUGCUUUUAAGACUCGGGGCUCAGGGGACAGCAUCCACCCCAGCCUCCCUCCCCCUCUCGCCACCCACCGUCCCCCUGCCCCGCCGUGACUGGACAGGCUCCACUAAAGAUUCUAAGGGGGGCGUGGGUGAGGCCGCGGCGAGGCGAGGUAUGCGGACGUGGCAGUGCGGUGCCCCAGCCCGAGCAUUUGUUAGCGGGAGGCAGCCUCGGUUAUCUCUUGUUAUCGUUGUCGUGGUCGUCCCGCGUUUGGGUGGCGGUGCCCGGUGGGUGGUGGGCGCCGCGGGGCCUCGGCAGCCUCGCCACCAACCACCCGCUUGCACUUCAGUGUUUUUCACGGCCCGCCGCCGCCGCCGCCGCCGCCGGUGCCGUUCUUUCGUAUUGUUUGAUAGAAAAUGGUGGAGUUGUAGGUAAAGUUUUUUUUUUCUCCUCGGAUACUGUUUGUAAUGGUCAUAUACAUAAUAUAUAUAUAAAUAUAUUUUGCUUUCCUCGGUUGAUACAUGGUAGGAUCUCUUUGUAAUAUAUUGUAUAUGUGGCUCAAUACAUAGAGAUAUAUAAAUAUAUAUAUAAAAAAAUGAAU